UCUUUUAACAGCAACUUAGCCAGACAAUACACAAAAACAACUUGUUGCCAUAGUGACCGGAUUUAGAUACAAACAGAACACUGAAAACAUUAGAUUAAUAAUUAUAAAGUGAAGACCGUUUCAAUAAAUUUAUAGAAAAUAAAGACUUUCUUUUAAUAAUUUGAAGAUAGUUUUACUAAAAAAGAAUUCAAAAUGGAUUGGGCAGAAGAAUUAAAAAUGUCCAUUAGAAAAACUACUGCCCGUAAAGGACGUCGCUCAAAAAGUCGUGAUGUUCUCAAAGACUCGGCACAGACCUCUGCUAGUGGCCAACUGGCUGGCUCAAAUAAUCCUGAAUUAUCCAUUGAUAUAACGCUGGAUAUGAAGUCGUCUACUGGGCAAAACCAACAACAUACAGCCUCUACAAGUAAUAAUAUAUCGACAGCACCAACAAGUGGUAGUUUCGCUGGAGGUGGUGGUGAUAUAUCAAGUGUAUUAAAUUCUUCAACAGACUCUAAACGUCCGCCAGCAUUAAGACGAAUAUCGGGUGGUUGGGCUGAUUCGGCUGUGGGUAAUAAGUUAAAAUCCAAGAAGGGAUCUUUUGAAGAUGAUCGUUUUGGCUUAAAGUCCUCCGCUAAUAAUUCACCAACUGAUGAUAUACCCAUUAUACCAGAUUUGGAUGACAUUAAAGAUGACAUGUUAAUGAGUGAAAUUGCCGAACCACCUUCAGUUGCAGUUAAUCGUGUGGUUACUUUGAAGGAAUUAAAUUCAGAUUUAUUGGCUCAGAAUGCAUUUUCGGCCAUAGAAGAUGUUGACUUAUCAAUUUUAACGAAAUGCUUGCAACCUCAAGAAUCUUUAGAUGAAGCUGAUGAGGUGUGGGAAUGGGAAAAACUUUUUACGGAUGUAGUGGCGGAAAUAAAUGCAGACAAGCCACUGGAAAAUAAAAUGAAAAAUUUAGAAUUAAGACCAGAUGAACUGCCUAAACCAAAUAAUGAUUAACUAGAGAGACAUUCACUGUAAUUAGCUACAUAACUUAUUUAUGUUUUUUUUAUUAAAUACUUAAUUACAUUAUAUUAGGCUUUUAAGUUACAAUAUUUAAAGUAAAUACAUAUCGUCUACUUAGUUUAGAAAGGUCAA